AAACGUUUUUUUUUAAGUGUUUCGAUGAUGUUCGUGUGUAAUUAAAUUGUCAGGCUCAGUGACGCGAGUCGCGAGUUCAAAAAUGCGAAUGUUAGACCUCCUACAUAUUCGAGCUGCGCCGCCGAUGAAAUGAAACGAUCAAUUAUUUGCGGAGAACAUGUCUGAAAAAUUAAAAUUGUUACAUGCGUUACUUGCACUCAAUAUACAUACAACUUUUAAGAAAUAUACACACUAAAUUCAAUGAAAGCGAUCAGGGACAUUGUAUGUAUGUCGACUAGUUCCUUUAAAAGAGUCAAUUCAUCACUUUCCUUUUAUCAUGAUAAAGUGCCGCGUGAUUGGGCCUUGGGGAUUUUGAAAAUCUGCUUCUCUAUUGUAAACUAAUACAGGUUUGACAGCUUUGAGUACGCAACACUUGACUUAAGAAAUAUACAAUACAUUGCUCUGUAUGAUUGGAUGUUUCAAUAAAUAAUAUAUUAAUUCCAAACUCUCAUAUAAGGCUGUGAAUAAUAUUGAGUGACAUUGAUUUUCAGGAAUAUUUUCGUAUUGGAACAACAAUAAAAUAACACAACCACACGAAGCGCCAGAAGAGGUACCUACAGCGCACAUGUAGCAAUACCUUGGCCAUAUGACAAAACAAAUAUUCGCAAAAUGAGUAACAGGAAAUCAAGUAAGUCCAAAGAAGCGUAUGGGUCAAACGUGAAACGUUCCGAAUAUGACGACGGUAUACUUCGCAACAAUCAGAGAACCGGAAAUAGAUUAAAGAUUGACAUGACGUAUUAUGACAGAGCACAAAAAGUUAUAAUGAAAGAUUUAGGAAAGGAAAGUUUAUUGCUACAAAACAAAUUAGACAACAAUAACCGUACAUUGUCAAUGGGACUUUAUGGCUCCAAAUUUGGUGAGACUUCCUCUAAAGUGAACCGGAAGUACACUCCUACUUCACCAGUGGGAACAGUGACAUCAAGCGGUACAUUUAAGCCUGCCUAUCUUAGAGUUUCUAGUAAGACGGAAUCACGAUUUCCCUGGGACAAGGACAUUUCUGAAAAAGACAGUACUGUCGAGAAAGAAAGCGGGGUGUCGAACAACCCUUCACCAUUGAUGACGUCAAAAAGUAGCAUACGCUUUAGAACACCAUCUUCUUCCGCGUAUCCUUCAUCGAGAAUGCAAACAGAUGACUUUUUGCAAAGUAUUCUAAAUGACGCUAUGAAUGAUGAGUUACUUUAUACCCAGAGACCUCAACAAGACACGUUGGCGUCAGAAUCGCUGAAGCCACCAAAUUCUUCUAGACGCAAAUCAAAAACACCAAGAAGUAGAUCCAUGAUAACCCCUAAUGAGUCUCUAGUUAAUUCGCUUGUUAAUGCGCAAGAAGCCGACGAGGUUAUUUAUUAAUUUGAAAAAGAAUUAAUAAAAUGAUUACAAUUAACUAAGCCGUUUAACUAGUUCUUUACAAGUUACACUGGUGGAAUGUGUUCGAGAGCGCGUUAAAACGAAUUGUUCUUUCGGUUGAAAACAUUGCCAGAGAAUCUUUAAUCAAUAGUUUGUGCAUGUCAGCUGUCGUUUAGUCGAAACUGACACAAAAUGAGAGACUGUUGAAGUCUGCAAAUAAUAGAUCUGGAGCAUUGUUGUGUUUCAGUGAAUACUUAAAGAGGAAUGUGCAACAUUUAGCAACACUUAUCAUUACAAUAAACUUGGUCAAACAAUAACUGGUGAAAAUAAUAUAAAAAUUGAACUACAACCAUUAUAGAUAUAUAGCCAUUUGAACAUUAUUCACGAAGAGCCAUUUUUGCUCAGUGACGUCAUCACUAUUCAUUAUGUGCAUUUGUCGUCUAUGGUAAAUCUGAAUGAAGACUAAAAUAAUUAAUAUUUGAAUCACCAAACCAUUUUUGUUCGUAGCUCGAUUCUCAUUUGCAUAUUCUUCUUUAAUUGUACUGAGCAAAGAUUCAUCAAAUGUUUUGUGAUUAUUUUUCUGUUUAAAAAAUAUAUUUGGACGGUUAAAUAUGAAGUUUUAUGGUGAGGAAUUCAAUUUUGUACCAUCGGCGAGCUUACUACAGGCAGAACGUGGAAUAUCCAUCCGCGUAAUAUAUAGAGAGAGAUGUAUGUUUCAUUAAUUGUCAAAGUUAUAUAUGUUUUACUGCAAUAUUGUUAUUUGUUAUUAUCGUGAUUAUAGUAGAAUGUAUCAGUUUUGUUGAUGUUUUGUUUAUAUGUGUUCAUACAAGUAAAAUAUAUUCAGAUGUUUAAUGCGAUUAUAACAUUCUUCU